AUGUCUGCACCAAACCACGGUCUAGGUCUAGGCAUCUGCUGUCGUCUCAUCGACGAGUUCCUCGCAUCACCCAACAAUGCAGGCUCGCUAACUAUCAUCUUCACCACACGAACCUCUCGCAAAGCCUCCGAAACCCUUACAAGCCUCGAAAACCACCUUGCCCGGCAUGGCCCCAGCAAGUCCGACCGCCAGAUCUACUUCCAGCCCGAGAACGUCGAGUUGACGAACCUCCUCUCCGUUCGCGCCCUAAGUCAAAAGCUCCUCGCAUCCCACAUCCCGCAGCUCGACGCGAUUGUCCUCAAUGCAGGAAUCGGCGGGUGGUCAGGCCUCAACUGGCCCGUGGCCAUAUGGACGGUGUUGACGAAUAUAAGACAAGCCACCACAUGGCCUACCUUCAAGCUUGGGCUGGUCGGGCUCGUGACAAAACCACAAUUCCCAGAAGGCACAAAAGCUGCUCGUGACGAGCCUAUACUAGGGGAGGUGUUCUGCGCCAACACCUUCGGACACUACAUGCUGGUACAUUGGCUUAUGCCUCUGCUCCGAGCGUGCGACUCCGCAUCCCCAGGAAAGAUCAUAUGGAUCUCUUCCGUGGAAGCUGCAGCACACCACUACAACCCAGAUGACCAUCAAGGAUUGAAGUCUUCCGCAGCCUACGAGCACACUAAGCGCUUGACUGACUACCUGGCGCUGAGCUCGGUACACCAGCCCGCAACAGGAAGCUUGGUCAAAGAAUAUAUUACAUCGUCUGACUCCGAAGAGCAGCUGCAACCUCGGUCGCAAGAGUCGGAACCGAGUUUUCUUCUGGCACAUCCGGGUAUCUGCACAACGACAAUCAUCAGUCUUUAUUGGAUCAUACACGAAUGCUACCGUCUCGGCAUCUACCUCGCACGUUGGGUUGGAUCGCCUUGGGCGAAUGUGACGAGCUAUUUGGGAGCUGCCUCAAUGUCAUGGCUCAUUCUUGCAUCGCAAGCCGAGAUCAAAGCCAAAGCGGUGUCCGCCACGGGCAACCUAGGUGGACCCUGUAAAUGGGGUUCUGCGAUUGAUCGGCUAGGUCGGUCCUCCGUUCGCGUAACGGAAGUUGAAGGCUGGGGCAUCAAUGGAUCGGGCAACGCGUUCAAAGACAGAUGGUGGGGUGGUCAGCUUGGACGAAAAACGGGCUCAGUCGAUGCGACGAAGGAGGAUGUUGACAAUUUCCUCGCACUCGGUGCAGAUGUGUGGAAGAAAAUGGAAUCCUUGAGAAAGGAGUGGGAGAUGCGAAUAGAGGAGUUCGAGGCUGACGACUCCCACAAAAGCAAGAAGGAUAUGUCUUGA